AAAAAAUCUCGUUCCCAAAUACUUGGAACCCUAACGCGGUUCUCCUCUCUUAAACUUAUCAAGCAUAGACACAAAGUCUACCACGCAAUCUAACCCCUAAUUCAACAAAUCCAAAUCACCAACUUCCACAACUUCAAACAAAAACCUCUCAAUUCUAUACCAUUCUUCAUCAUCUACAAACCCUAAUUAUCUUUUUAUUUCUAUUAAUUUCUUUUUCCUUUUUUUUUUGUUUAAUUUUCCCUAAGUUAUGGCUACAGAAGCGAGAGCCAAGUUCCAAAACCCGGAUUACCGACCCGAUUACCACCCAGAAACCACCUUGACGCCGUCAACCCACGACGGUCUUCACUUCUGGCAGUUAAUGAUUGCCGGAUCCGUCGCCGGUUGCAUCGAACACAUGGCAAUGUUUCCCGUCGACACCGUUAAAACUCACAUGCAAGCAAUCACUUCUUGUCCGAUUAAAUCCGUUUCCGUCCGUCAAGCCGUCCGUUCGAUUCUCCAAACGGAAGGCCCCUCGGCGUUGUACCGCGGCAUUGGCGCGAUGGGGCUCGGCGCGGGGCCGGCACACGCGGUUUAUUUCUCUGUUUAUGAGACUUGUAAAAAGAAAUUCUCGCAAGGGAACCCUAAUAAUUCGGUUGCUCAUGCUGCUUCUGGUGUUUGUGCUACGGUUGCGAGUGAUGCGGUGUUUACGCCGAUGGAUAUGGUGAAACAGAGGUUGCAGUUGAGUAAGAGUGCUUACAAGGGGGUUUUUGAUUGUGUGAAGAGGGUUUUGAGUGAGGAGGGGUUUGGGGCUUUUUAUGCUUCGUAUAGGACUACGGUUUUGAUGAAUGCGCCUUUUACGGCUGUGCAUUUUGCUACUUAUGAGGCAGCGAAAAGGGGGUUGAAUGAGGUUUCGCCGGAGAGUGCCGAUGAUGAGAGGUUGAUUGUUCAUGCUACGGCUGGGGCGGCUGCUGGUGGUUUGGCUGCUGCUGUUACAACACCGCUUGAUGUUGUUAAAACUCAACUACAAUGUCAGGGUGUGUGUGGAUGUGAUAGGUUCAAAAAUGGUUCAAUUGGCGGUGUUAUUAAAACAAUAGUGAAAAAAGACGGACCCAGAGGGCUCAUGCGAGGGUGGGUUCCAAGGAUGCUCUUCCAUGCUCCUGCAGCUGCUAUUUGCUGGUCAACAUAUGAAGCUGGAAAGUCCUUUUUCCAAGAUUACAACGAGCAGAAAGAUAGCGGAACCGUCACCUAAAAAAAAUUCAAGUUAGAAUAUCCAUCAUUCUUCAGUUCCACUACUGAUUACUGUCUGUAACAUUGUUAAAGUGCUUCAAAUGGAUGCGAGCAAGCAAGCCUUUCCAAGUUCUUGACUUCUGAACUCUAAAUUAUAUGCAGAAGGCGUCGGAUUAACAUCCGAAUGAAGAACCUGUUUUCUUAUACACUUUGUCAGGUGACUUAGGUUUCAUAAUCAUUUUGUUUUUCUGGAGUAGCUUUUUUGCUUUGGACAGGACAUUAUUUAAUGGAACACCUAUGUGCUACAUGAAAUUUUUUACCACAAGUUUUGUGAGAUUGUAGUUUUAAUUAUAUGAAGGAUUAUUUGAUAUAUUCUGUAAUUGAGGGAUCUAAUUUCCCAACACAGUAUUUUGUUAGCAUUCGGAUUAUAAAUAAGAUGAUUUUGAUAUUUAAUAAAUUACAUAUUGUUUUAA